AUGCUCUGUGCAAGCCUCAGAGAGUGCCUUGGGACCAAGAGGUUUUUCAUUGUAAUCGAUGACAUGCGGAGAGACUUUUGGGUCAAUAUAAAAGAUGCUUUCCCUGUGGUUCCCGGGGUCGACAGUAGAGUUAUUGUCACAACAGCCACUCAGACCAUAGCAAUCAAAAGCAGCUGUCGUGAUGGUCAUGUGUACAUAAUGAGAACUCUUGCUGAGCAACACUCGAAACAGUUGUUCUGUGAGAAAGCUUCCUUGGUGUAUCCACCAACAGUCCAUGAUACCGAGCUAAGUUCAGAAGUAAUAAGGAAAUGUGAUGGUCUGCCCCUUGCUCUUAUUACCACAACACGGUUGUUGCACGGCGAUCAUAGACAGCGACAAUGGGCAGAUCUGGGAAAUAACCUUGGCAGCCAUCUGGAGACACAUCAUAUGUCAGCAAAUAUGAAGCGUGUGCUCGUCCGUAGCUACACCAGCCUAAGCAAGCAAGAUAUCAAGAUCUGCUUGCUUUAUCUCGGUAUUUACCCAAGUGGUCGCCCAAUCAGGAGAGGAAGCCUCAUAAGGCGCUGGUCAGCCGAAGGUUUCAUCACAGCAGAGCCUAAACGCAGUGCCCUUGAGGUUGCUGUUGCCAGUUUCAAUGAGCUGGUCGACCAGAGCAUCAUCCAGCCUAUUGAUGCCAGCAGCAGCAGCAGCGCAGAGGUGAAGACAUGCAAAACUCACGGUAUAAUGCAUGAGUUCAUUCUGCACAGAUCCAUGUCCGAGAACUUUGUUACCUUGUUAUAUGAUAAGGAUCCCCCACCUGGGAGUAAAAUUCGUUGGAUUUCUCUGCAGCAUAAAACUGAUGCAAGAUCCAAAAUGGAUCCAAAGGAUCUAAGUCUUGUCCGUUCUCUGACAAUCUUUGGUGAAGCGCACAAUUCAAUGUUGGACUUUUCCAAGUACAAACUGAUUAGAGUUUUGGAUUUAGAAGAGUGCGAUGAACACUUGGGAGACAAACAUCUCAAGGAAAUAUGCAGCAACAUGUCACUGCUAAGGUACCUAAGCCUCAGGGGUGCUUCUGGAGUUACAGUUCUUCCAAAACAGAUCAAGAAGCUUCAACUUUUGGAAACACUAGAUUUAAGAGGAACCAGUAUAGAGAUUCUGGCCAUAGAAGUCAUGGAAUUGCCAUAUUUAAUUCAUCUGUUUGGAAAGUUCAAACUCCAACAAGAUGUAGGAAGCCGGAGAAUGAGUAAGCUACAGACUUGGCUGUCAGAGAGAAGUAAAUUGGAAACUCUAGCCGGAUUUGUUGUGGACAACAAUAGCCAAGGAUUCACACAGAUCAUGGAGCAUAUGAAACACUUGACCAAGGUGAAAAUAUGGUGCGAGUUCACCGCACAUGACAGCAGCAACUCAAGACAUCUCUCAAAGUCAAUUAAGGGGUUCAUCCAGAGCAGCACCGAUCUGAACAAAGCUCAUUCACUCUCACUGAACAUCAAUGAUGAAUGGUGUCCAGACUUGUUGGAUUUCUCCUUGGAGAAGGAUUACUCCUACCACCUUAGCUCACUCAAGCUACAAGGGAACAUCAUAUGCAGUCAGCUGCCUCUGUUUGUUACCAUGCUGGGUGGUCUCACUAAGCUGUGCCUGUCAUUCCUUGGUGAUCAUAAGCUGAGUGGUAACACUCUAGAUGCCCUGAGCAGAGUGUGCGGCCUGGAGUACCUGAAGCUGAUUGCAACUCAAUUGGACAAGCUCGUCAUCAGGCGAGGCCAUGCACUCAGAAGCCUGCGACACCUAUGUGCCGUGGUGGAAGUCGUAACCGAGCUGGAAAUACAAGAGGGAGCUCUGCCUCGCCUCGAGUUCCUACGGCUGCUAUGUAAGGAUAUAAAUGGCUUUAGCCGCACAAUCCAGUCCCUGCCACGUCUUAAGGAGGUCGCCCUACCUGAUGCAGUGAGUGAUGAAACAAAACAGGAGUGGAAAGGAGCGACAAAGAACCACCCCAGACGUCCCAAGCUCUUGCUUGUUGAGACUAAGCCGAUGGGAAGUGAGCCUGCUGCGGAAAUUAUCCCAGCAGAAACAACUACUGAUACAACGGUCGAAGAGGUAGAUGUGGAGAGGGAACCUGCAGCAGCAGCUACUGAUACAAUGUUAUCAGUGACAACGCUGCCCAAUGUGAUUUCCACUAAAGAGACUGUACAAGGUGUUACUUCUGGGAUGGUUGAUGAUCACAAACUAAUGAAAAGUGAGCCUGCUGCAGAAGCUAGCCUGUGGCAAUUUUCAUUGUGUAGUACAAGUUGA